AUGGAGGCGGCGCCGGACCCCGGGCCGGGGCUCUGCUGCAAGCCCGGCGGGUGGCUGGACAUGAGCCACGGCUUCGUGCACCACAUUCGACGGAACCAACUCGCCCGGGACGACUAUGACAAGAAGGUGAAGCAAGCGGCCAAGGAGAAGGCGAGGAGGCGGCACACGCCCGCGCCGACAGGGCCCCGUAAGCCCGACCUGCAGGUGUACCUGCCGCGACGCCGAGAUGACUCUACCCGCCCAAGCAACCCAGACUGUGAGGAGUCCGGCGAAAGCAGCAGUAGUGGUGGCUCCGAGCUGGAGCCUUCUGGGCAUCAGCUCUUCUGCUUAGAAUAUGAGGCCGACAGCGGAGAGGUCACGUCAGUUAUCGUGUAUCAGGACGAUGAUCCAGAAAGGGUGAUAAAGGAGGUGUCAGACCACACGCCUCUGGAUCCACCCAUGCGAGAGGCCCUGAAGUUGCGCAUCCGGGAGGAGAUGGCAAAGCGCCAGAGCCGACCCUGACCAGAUUGGACACAUCCUCACCAAGCUGGAUUCUCUGCAGCACUCAAAAGAAUUCUGCCCAGGAGCUCCCCACUGGUUUGGGUGUGCCAGAAUCGGUCUGUGCUGACCUUGAGACCCACCACCCCACCUGACCCCUAGAGCUGCUGGCAACCACAGAAGAAGGGUAUUGCAGGAAUACACCUCGCCUCCUUGCAGCCAUUCUUUCCUGUAUUUUGGUCUAUAUUACCAGCCUAAUAUUCUGGAAUUUUCUGAGAACUCUGUUCAGCUAGCAUGGUGUUCUGGAAGCAGAGACUCCAGACAGAGCUGGGGUUUAUGAAGCUUUCUCAUUGAGAUCAUUUGCCAUGGGACACCCAGCUGCACCUGCUCCACCCUGCCCCAUGAGCCAUGUUUGUUAUUUUAUGGUUCCUUUUUUGUGCGUGUUCUCACUUCCAUCCAGUGCCAUGUUUUCCUAGCUCUUUUUUUCAACUCUAUUUCUUUCUUCUUUCCUUCCUCCCAUCAUUCUGCCUCAGAUAGAAUCUAUCAGUUCUCCUUCCACCCCUGCCCUCAAGUGACUGCCCUCUGGAUGCCAGUCAC